GUACUUGUUUCCGGUUUCAGGGGGUAACAACAAUAUUUGACUGUACUGUCAAAUUGCAGCUCCUGGUCUACUGUACGUCUCUUUUGAAGAAGAAAACAAGGAAAAUAAGUGCCGCCAGCGUGACUCAGGUAGCACUAGACAAAAAAAUAUUGUUACCUACCGAUACUGAUCGAUAAUUUUCGUUGUUUGAUGCAGAAACUUUGGCGCCUGCUUGCUACGCAGGGGAGCUAACGUUACUGUUCAGUUACUGUAACCCAGAGAUAACAACAUAACAACAGCGCGUGACGGUAACGUUACCAUACGAAACUAGUUCGACUUCAGUUAAUAAAUAUAAAACAUGACUCCAGUUAGGUCGUAGUGUAUGUGUUUUUGAUAUUCUGUGUAGUUUAUAGUCUAUACUGACGCGAAAUAUGAUGAUUUUGUUAGCCAACUUAGCUAACAGUUAGCAGUAACCCAGCAAAUGCUUCACGAACACACCUAUUAUUGUUUCGUACGUUGUGCAAGUUCAAGCCCUUCACUUACUUUUACAGUGUUGGUUACAGCUGAUUAAAGAAAAUGCUUUUCAGGAACGAAGAUGGAGGAGAAUGAGGAGCAGUCAGAUGCUCAGCAGCCAGGUCUGAGUUCAAGGAAUGAAAACAACGAGGAAGAUCGCUUCAGGUGAGACUCUGACCCGUGAUAACAUCCGUGUUUGCUCUAUGUGCAUUCUUACUGUAAACCCCCAGCUCCUUAUCCAGCAAACACACUAUAACUGAGGGUUUUGGAGGGGGAGAUAUGCACUGUGUGGUCAGGAGGCUUUCAGAAACCUGGUCCUGGGGUGUCUGACUGUAGAUUAGGGGAUUGGUGACCAUUGGGAUAGAUUCGUGUAGCUGUUUUUAGGCUAGUUGAAGAACGCUUUGUAUUGCCCAUUUGGACUGUCACAACCAAAAUACUUUGACCGAGGAUCACAAAAGUGCUGUCACGUGGGAAAAACCGGCCCCUGUGGAUUGUUGCUGAAGUACUAAACUAUACUUAACUACAACUUUGGCAUUGACAGGACACUAAAAAGUAGUUGAACGAGUGUUUCUAAGUUGUUUCCCUGUCACCAUCUACACAUAUAGUGGAAUAAGAGUUUUGGAGUUAUAUUUAGUAAACAUGCACCAAUAAAUCGGCCGUCUGAUCAAUCGGCGCUGGGGAUCGGUGAUCGACUGAUCCUUACACCAAAAAAAACGAUUUUAUCCGCUGAUCUUAUCUACCUCAGCAAAGGUCAGAAAGUCAGACAUUGUAGCUUUUUGCUUUUGCCAGAAUGACAGGCCCGCCCACCAGUUUAGUUUGUCCUGUAGAUUAUUAUCUACUAUUUCUCUAAACUUGGGAUUUCCUUUAUUUGUAAAAGCAAAAUACUGCUGUGCACUUUAUUUUGGUAAGAGGCUCAAAACAGGCCUGCAGUGUGACCUGUUGCAAGUAUUGUUAAUUUUUAAAAUGUGGAAAAUAAAAGACUAAAGGAACCGAUAUAACUUAGUAGUCUGGAUGUCAGCAUUCUAAACUUUUCAUUUAUACUUGAGAGAACUACGUCAUGUGCAGUUAAAACAAACAUAAAAGGGUUUUUAUUGUUCCACAAGUAUUGUUUAAUUUUUUUCAUUAAAAUAAGAUUGGAGCAUGGAAGGUGUAUGUUGUCAGUUAUAAAAAAAAAUAAAUAAAAUAAUAUUAAAAAAAGGUAUCGGCCAAAAUCAGUAUCGGCAGGUCAAGCUUUUUAAAGAUCAGUGAUCGGUGCACCCCUAGUUUUUAGUCCUCCAUUUCUUUAGAGACAUUUAGGUUUACAGCAACAGUUCUUUGUCUCUGUAGUCUUAUUAAAUUAUACUUUUGCGAUCAGUCUCAAUAUCAGUUUUUUUUUCUGCUGGUAACCAGAACUCUAGGGCUUUUCAGAACGCGUAAUUGUCAGCCUGGCUGGAUUAGGCUGCUUGGCAAUAAACACCUAAUGCGGAUUUGAUGAAAAAUGUCCUGCCACCCUGCCAGAGGGGAAUGCAGUGUGUUGCAUGACAGCUUGAAAAGAAAAUAGUUCUUAUGUUCCUGCGUUGCAAGUUGGUUUCACAAUUAUUUGAUAAGCCUGCUGUUUAGACGUUUCACCAGCAAGAUUAUACGUAGUUUAAAGCACACAAAGAAGACUUGUGGAUGAAAUCACUCCUCCCAACCCUGGAGCACCAAAAUCCUCAAGCAAGAACUUUCCUGAUUUCACUCCCUUGUUGGGUUCAGUACAGCACUCAAAGCUUCAAAGUUGUACAUUUUUAUUUUAUUUUUGUUAAGUUAAACGCUGUCAACAGCCUUUGGUUUCUUUGUAACUCUCUGGCUCCUUAGAAGACAGAUAACAUCUCUGCGUUUACACUUUGAGCGAGGAUGGAGGAAAUCUGUCAAUAUUUUGGAACCAUGGGGCGCGAACGCUCAGACACCCAUUCCACGCAGUCGACGGGCACCAGACUCGCUCUUCGCCAUCGGCUCAAUCAGCUGAUGACCUGCGUGGAUGAUCUAGACCCCAAGCAUGAACUGCAUGAGAAAAUGGUUCACACUUUGGAUAAUGCCUUCCUCAUCUGCGGCAAGAGAGCCCACAGGCUGAAGACGGACAAACUCAGGUGGAGGGAAAACAUCCUGAUUAGUGUCUGUAAUAAUUCUGGGAAUCACUAAUGUUUAGAAGUAGCGGUCUUCUCUCUGCUUUUAAUUCUUUAACAUACUUCAGUAAUUUCCCACAUUAAACCAGCUUUUCCCUUAACGACAGAUCCAGUUUGAGUUUUUGCUGAUUGAAAUCUCUCAGGAAGAUUUUGUCCUCAGAUUCCUCUCAUGCUUUUCUUCUGAUUGCAGAAAAUUCCCUUUGGUGGUUUUGAGUUUUCAAUGAACUUACACUUGCUGUUCUCAUCAUGUGUGAACCGUACUAGCCUGACCAGACUGUAGUGGUAGUACAGCGCUCAUAUUGUAACAGCUUUCUCACUCUGAUCAUGUGUUCUUCUUUGAUUUGUGUCCCACUGAAUGAACCUCUUUGAUUGUAAACCUAAAAGCAGAGCUCUGUUUCACUUUGUGGUGUUGUAAAGCUGUAACAUUUGAGGAGAGCCAGACUGAUACAAGAUUUUCCAGGAAUGACACUUAUGCUGAUUAUGAAUGGAAAUUGGUUUUGAGAGCUGGAGUGAAAAGAUAUAUAUGUAUAUCUUUAAGUUUUGCACUUAUAUGGCUUUGUAGUUGUACCCAAAAUGCUGACUUAUUAGAAAAAGCGCUUAUUCUGACUCUGUUUGACAUUGAGAUCGUAUAUUGUCGAUCAUUUUUUGUGCAUGAAGCUAUGAGCUCUGCUACAGGUGUGGUAGACUAGGGGUGUUAUCACAGAGCCAGAGCGCUAAACCUUGACACGACAGUAGUAAAAACAAAAAAAGACUUUACAUUAUGUCUGUUUGGAAUGAUACUAAUGAUACCACUGAAUGAAAAACUACAACACAAAUUUUAACUGUUCCUUUAAAUAAAAAAAUAAAAAAGUUAUCCAGACUGCUUACAAGUGCUGCACAAAUAACUCUUUGUUGUGUUAAAUGGCCCACAGGCUACACAUGGUGACGUGGAAUGUGGCCACAGCUGAUCCUCCAGAUGAUGUGACUUUGCUUCUCCAUCUGAACUCUCCAAAGAGCCCAGACCUCUACGUCAUCGGGUAGGUGGUGCAAGGAAUUUAAUUGGUUGGGCAAGUGAUUUAAUUAUAUAACACGAUGUGGGGCAAUAGACUGUGUCUUUGUGUCUCAGUUUGCAGGAGGUGUACUCAGGGCCAAUGAGAUUUGUGUCCGACACGUUAUUCGAUGACCCGUGGAGUCAGCUAUUCAUGUCCACCCUGGCACCCCUGAAUUAUGUUAAGGUACAUUUCACUUAAUACAAAUUUUACAAACGUAUCAGAAGCAGGAAUGGUUAUAACUGAUCAAAAAUAUUCAUAAAAGCUUUGAAUCUAAGUGAAAACCAGAUCUAAAGAAUAAACAAGCAAAACCUAGUGCCCAGAUCCCCCAUGAAACAUCUUCCUGGAACUUGAUGAUGAUGUAACAUACCCAAGGUCGACAGACAGGAGAGCGACACCUCUCUCUGCCUCACAAUCAUUUGAGUUUUAAAGGUAAAAUUAGGUGCAAAUAUUGCUCUGAGUAAAUGGGGAUCUGAGCGGGAAGGUUUUGUGACUCAUAAGUACAGGGUGAGAGGUGUGGGUGUAACUGCAAGUGUAAAUGGAUUCAUUAUUCAUUGUGUUGAUGGUAAACUAUAAUAGAAAUGUCAGCGCAGACAGCCUCACCAUUGAUGAAAGCAUUUUAAAGAAAGGUUGUUUUUACCUCGUGUACCUGUUUGUGUUUCAGGUGUCAUCUAUCAGAAUGCAGGGCCUGCUGCUGCUCUUCUUCUCCAAACUGGAGCACGUCCCCUUCAUCAGAGACAUCAGGGCCACAUACACACGCACAGGCAUUUUUGGUUACUGGGUAAGAAAUGCAUGAACAUAGAUCUCAGACUGACAGUGUUUUUAGAGACAAUCGAUUUUGAAUCCUACUGCCUCAUGAUGAUUACACCACACAAGAAGGAUCUUGUUCCAUAAAAGGUCUCUCUGGUUGACUGGAGGUGGUUCAGAUUUGUAGCAUCUGACCUCCAUACCACUGUUUGCUGUGAAGAUAGCCCCAUGUCUCUGGCAUCAAAACAGCAGUUUCAAUAGAGGCAGUUCAAAUUUACUUCUUAAAAGCUGCUCAUGCCCUGAUUUGUUUGCCUCCUGCGUGACUAAAAAAUAUCACAAACAGAGCUGAGCAGCUCAACAGAACUUUGUCUCUUAUUUCAUCUCUCAGGGUAACAAAGGCGGCGUGUCCAUCCGUCUGUCUUUCUACGGCCACUUGCUCUGUUUCCUCAACUGUCAUUUGGCUGCUCACAUGAAAUACGCCUCAGAGAGAGUGGAUGAGUUUGAGUACAUCAUCGGCACACAAACCUUUGAAUGCAGAAAGGCACAGACCAUCUUUGACCACAGGUGAGAGAAUAAACAGAUUCUCACUGCUUCUAUCUAAAUACAAAGUCACAUUUUCACUAUUUUUCACUUCUUUAUCACCUGUCUUUUGAUUCAGACUGGUGUUCUGGUUUGGAGAUCUUAACUUCCGGAUUCAGGACCAUGGCAUGCACUUUGUACGCACCUGUAUCAACGACGAAAACUACAACCUCUUGUGGAGCAAAGACCAGGUUUGUCGUUCACAGUUCUGUUCAGAUCAGCAGAGGAGUCUGUUUUUGCCUCAAGGUCCUCACUGGAGACUGACUUUUGGAACAUUUUGUGUUGUUUUGUUUUUGUUAAACAAAACCUGAUUUAAUUUCUCCUUCCAAACAUGACUGAGUUUUAUUGAAACAUAACACCAACUGUUUGGCAAAUAGCUCAGCUCAUUUCAAGUCUUACACUGGAGACUAAAGCCUCUGACACGAUGCAACUCUGCAACAGUGCUGGAACAGAGUUCUGCCAUCAUCUAACUUACACUGUUCACCCUGACAUGGACACUUUGCAUGGGUUGUGGCUCUAUUUUGUCUGACAUUUGUUUCCCACUAAUUGGCCGUCACAUCUCUGCUGAAAUUUGCCAAUACAGCAUUAGAGACCAAAUUGAUUUUGUUAGGAAAAUACAUUUUUGUUCUGAUUCAACAUCAAUAAUAGACCAAAAGGACGCAGAGAUAAAUCUAUCAAUAUAUCAAUAUGUAAAGUGGUUAAAAAGGAAAAGUUCAUUGUGUCCAUGCAACAAAAUAAAGAAAGCAGAAAUAUUCACUCAUUAUUAUGCAAUUCAAGGAGGUCAGAAAAUACUCAACUCUAAUAAACUUUUGUAACAUGCAACACAAUGCUUAACACUAGUUCAUGUGUAUCCAUAUCUUUACAGUCGUCUUCAUAUCUUAUUAAAAUGGAUUUAUAUAGAUAUGAGGAGUGUAAUUUGUUUAUGUUCAAAUGAACAGACUGAGUUUAGGCAGAUUAUCAUUAGUCUAAAUCCUCUUCUGUGUGUUGUCGUUUCAGUUGACCAUGUUGAAGUCUAAAGAAAUGAUGCUCCAGGAGUUUGAGGAAGGACCUCUGGACUUUCAACCCACCUACAAAUUUGAUCUGAACUCUGACACCUAUGACAGCAGGUAACAUUCAGAAACUGAUCAGUAUAAAUAGUCCUUAAAAAUCAUCCUCAUAUUGUCCAGCUUUUUUUUUUUUAUUUCCAGAACGUUCUGCUGAAGUGUUAUGUUAAAUACUGUAUAUAUACAUAUCUAUGCUUCCUUUCAACUUCCCAGGCUCUACAGGACAUGGUUUGGCUUUAAGUAAGAGUUCAAAACACAUUUGUGUCCACGUCUCUGAUAACACAUCAUGUCAUCCCUUCUUAAUCCGUUAUUUUUGUGCAUAAAAGCUACUUUUACCAACAUGAUAAAAGUAGUCGCCCUUUUUUAUGCAGAAUGGUAACUCAAAGUCUUAAUCAUUUUUCAGAGGCGUAAUUAGGAUCGCAUUAGAUACAGAAUGCAAAUGAAACAAACAAGAAGACCGGAUUAACAGUCUUUUCAAGACAAACGUCAGUUUGUCUCUGCAAAGAAAAGUUUGUGCAUGUAACACUUGGGUGUCUGACCUUUUGUUUUGGAACCAGUCCUGUAGCUUUUAAAGGUACAUGCUGAAGUUUUUGACCUUUGUUGGCACAUUGGAGCAGUUUUUUCAAGAUUUGAUCCUGUUUUACACAGGCUGGGACUGUUACACUAUUGUUGUGCCUCAUGCUCAGAGACAGGGUGACAGGGCGAUGCCAUUCUGCCCAAAACUGAAAGCCAAGGUGGCAACAAAGCUGAAAUGACAUCUGUGUGAACUGGAGAGCCAUUUCUGAGACAGGCUGUGUGACGCCAACUCUGAGGCAGCGAUGAAGUAUGGUUAUUGGGUUUAGUGUAAAAAACAAAGCUACAUAAUUUCAGAGAUUUGUUUCUUCACUACUGAGAAAUCUCAGUAUGACAAAGGAGGGACUAUAGAUAUAGAUAAAUAGGAUAUAGAUAUAGAUAUACAUAGAUACAUGUAUACAUAUCUACAACCCCAAUUCCAUAAAACUUGGGAUGUAAAAUGAUUUUUAUGGUUUGCAAAUUUACUAAAUUCUCUUCUUAAUGAAAACAUUUUUGCAAAGUCAAUGUAUCAGAUAUUGCCCGAUGAAAAAAUGCCACAAAUUUCAAAUGUGGCCACAAAUGUUGCCACAAAUGAAAUUCGAUACCAGCAAUAUAUUUAAAACAGUUGAAAAGAGGACAAUAAAAUAAUGAAAAGGUUACAUAAGGGUAAGAAAAUAAAAGGAGGAACAUCUCCCAAACAGACAGAUCAAUUUAUUCAGGUCUGUAAUAUUUGUGAGAGACUGCAUGAACAGAUAGCUCAUCAAUUUCAGAGUAAUGUUGUUUAAAAUUGUAAAUAAUAUGUUAAUUACCUUAUCUGCAGCACAUUAUCUUUGAAGUAAGUCAGAUAAUCUGGCGACAUCUCUGUACAGAAGCACAAGGCCGAAAAAUCAUCUUCCGGUUCCUCAGGAAGCACGCAUUAGGAAAAGACAUGGCUCUGUAGUGGAACUCACUUCAUGAGCUCUCGCUCAAGACCCCUGGACUUUACACUGAGGUGUUGACUUAGCUGUUUGGAUUCCAUAACCAUCAGCUUGAUUUACAUUUAUCCUUUACAUGUCUGAUAAAUGCUCUCUCAGAUAGGUUUCCUGGAUGGAUGGAGGGCUUAAACUCUUCAAAACAAAGUGAUGUGACAGAAAUACACCAGGCUUUCUAGUAACAAACAAACAGCUUAACAAUGCAUAUUUUCAACACAAAAGGUGCACUGUAUUCUGCAGGGCUAAUGCAAGUGAUGACUGUGCAUGUUUUUGCCACUGAGAGGUUUAGAUUGUAAGUCUGCAGCUCGUAUAAGGGAUUUCUACAGACCCAGACCUUUUUGUUUAAGAGUAAUAUAACCUUUCAAUCAGAAUAAAGCUGUAACUUGACUUUCUUCAAGGCAACACAUGCAUAGCAAUUUAUUUCCUCCACAGAGUACCUUUAAGUGGCAAAUUGUCAGUAGCUCACAUUAACCCACAUUUAUCCUACAGUGUGUAAUAUCAGCCUCUUGCUUCCAGGGCAUGUGCGCAUAAAAGUCAGUGUGUGUCCCUCACUUUGCACCAACAGCUGCUGCAUAACAGCUAACAUGCUUGACCAGAGAUAGCUGUUUUUCUAACGCAGGCACCAUGACUAUUUAUAAUCUAAUAUGAGUGUGUUAGAUUAUAACUUGCUAUCACACAGAAGCACAAGAAAGCUAUUUAGUGUAAAUGCAUCACUUGCUAAUGCUGGAAAAAGCAAAGUUCUUCUAUGCUACCCCCCCCCCCCCCGUCAAUACCACUGUCUCAUAGAUACUGCUUCCUGUUUUGUCUAAAUAAAACAGAGCUUCUCAUUUUCACCAGCUUGCAGGAUUUUUGCUGUGAGGUAUUUCCUUUUGAUAAAAUUCUUGUCUGUCCAUCAUCUCCAACCACCUGUCCAGCGGUAAGAAGCGCAAACCUGCGUGGACCGAUAGGAUCCUGUGGCGUCUCCGACCCAUCGCCCUGCCUCCCGUGGAACAAGAUGAAAGUGAAGUCGGACUUGAUGUGAGGGAGCUCAAGCAGAUGGAGGAGGAUGAAGAGUACCCUCUGAAAGUCAGACAGGAGUUGUACACAAGCAAGAUGGAGUAUGGCAUCAGCGAUCACAAACCUGUCAUCAGCGUCUUCACACUGAUGGUAAGAACCUGACAGUAUUCUGACUUACGGAGCUGAAGACCUGAAUCUCAUCAUAAAAGGUCUGAAGUUUACAGAACAGUGAUUAUUGCAGCUGCCUUCAAUUUCCAGGCUUGUUAAUGUAAAUGUGUUUCAUCCUCUGCUUAGCUGAGAAAGAUCCACACAACUCCUCUAGUGCGUCUGCAGCCAGAGGGCGACUGGAGCGCAGACAUCGAUUCCAUGGUUCUUUACAGCCCUCUGCAGCCUUUCCCUUCAAGCACAUGGGACUGGAUUGGACUCUAUAAGGUUUGUGUAACAACUCAACUGUAAGCUCUGAUAAUAGAAAUGAGACAUUUUAGUUCGUCACUGUUGACUGUGUGUGUGAAUUUCAGGUUGGUUUCGCCAGCGUGUCGGACUACAUCACCUACACAUGGGUGAAAGAUGAUGAAGUGGCCUUUAACGAAGAAGUCAUACAGGUAUUAACUAACAGUUUAGACGCAUCAUCUUUUCUGUAAAAUCCUGCAACCACUCCACUUCAUGAGCAGACCGUCUUUAGUUUGGGUGGUGUUGGUUGUUCACACUUCUACAACUAUCUCACGAAAAGAACAGGAGCAAUAAGAGACACUGAGGAGGCGUCCCUCAGUGUAGUUAGAAGAGUUAAUUAUACUGUCUUAAUUGCAUUUAUAUGAACACUUCUACUCGUGUGUUGUAGAGGAGCUCUUAUGCUGCGUUCCAGUUACGUUGGAAGUCGGAUGUCAGAGCUGGGAAUGACAAUAAUACACCUGAGUUGACGGUGUUCCAGUUGGAAAGUUGGAAAACCAAGCUGGACGCCUACUGUUAGCCGUUGUUAGCUGUUGUUAACAAUUGUCAGUUGUUGUUAGUUGUUGUUAGCUAUGCCAGUUGUAAACAACGAAUAACACAGUAUUUUACUCUACAAACACCAUAGCACCGUGUUCACAGACGUUGGGCAGUACAGCAUACCACUUAUUUAAUUUCACAAAAACAAAACAGAAGUGCUGAUAAAUAAUACAUUAUGAGAGCUUUCACUGUUAGUCUUUACUGUUGAUGCACUGCACUGCCAUCUUGGAUUAUGAUGUUGUUGUCAAGCAUUAGUAUAGAGAGUGAAGGAAAUGUGAACCAAAAAAGAUGAAGAUGUCUCUGUUUUGUAGGUGUAUGUUGAUAAAGAAGAAAUCCCCGUGCAGGGAGGAGAGUGUGUGCUCUGCUACUUCUGUAACGCCCUGCAAAGCAUCAUUGGAAUCAGUGAACCAUUCAGGGUGAGUGACACGCAAAUACCAAAACAGAUUCAUAUUGUUAAAUAAAUUUUAAUUCUCCUCUGAUCAUUUUACAAGUUUAAAUCGGGGAACUUUUUAUCAAAAGUAAGAAAAUCAAACACCACUGUGAUCUCUCUUUUAAGGUCCAUGAGUCAAAGGUGGCCAUCGAGGAAGGCUUGAUGCACGAGAGGAUCAACGGACUCAACAAAAUGGUAGCAAGUGAAGAUAAUUGGAACUGAUUCACCAAAUGUCAUGGAUGUGGUAGGAUGUAGAGCUGGAUCUGGACUUUCUAAACCACAACAAGGCUUUUUAAUUACUGUGUUUCCCACUGGAGGAGCAGUGGGGGAGGUGCUGCUUGUACUUGCCGGUGCGCACUUCCUUUUACCUCUCUAAUGCGGUCAUUGUGACCAAAAGUCCCUGACACCUCUUUGGUUGUUUCACGUUUGAACCACAAGUUAUGGUCUGACUGCAGCAGAAGCUUUGAGGAAUCUUUUUUAAACUGAUCUGAAGUCAGAGAAAUCCAGUGAAAUAACCUGAAUGGUGUCAUUUGAUUACUAAAGGAGAGGAGGUGUAAAAGUAAUAGGUCAAAGAAUAUUUUCGAAUCUGCACCAGGAGCACGUGUCUCAAAGAUAAAAAUCAUAUAUGAUGUCUAAACUCCGUAUUUGAUGCUCAAGUAGCUGACAGCUGCUUUGGGAGUGCUGGAAAAAGAGGCUGAAGAAUUAAGUUAGUCUUGUUUGCAAGGGUAAAAAAAAAUCCAGUCAGACUGGUCUACUGUAAUGAUGAAAAGGGAAUUAACAAGGCUCACUGGCCCAUCCUUGUUUACACGAUGCUCAAAGAAUGAUUUAAUUUGAAGUAGAAAACAAUUAAAUCAAUGUCACUGCUCACUGAGCGAGUCUAGAGAAACUGGUGUCCUUAAAGCUCAUUUUUAGUGGUUGUAUAUGCGUACUUACGAUGCUGGAACAAGCGUCAGAUACGGAAACGACUUUGUUGCAUACUUUUCAUACUUUUUUAUUUGGCACUUUCAUGUCAGUCCGGCUUAAGCUUUAAAACAACAAGUGCUCCUUGACGUGGGAAAAGUUAAUCUCUCCUUGUCCAAACAUGCAUUUCACGUGAGGUUUAUUUUAGUCUUAAGGACCGUUGAACAAACAGAGUUUAAAAAAAAAAAAAAAAGUUUUUAAAGCCAGUGUGAUCUGUGUGUGCUGUUGAGCUGUGCUGAAACAUUGUGAGUGGAAGAGAUUAAAAAUGUUGAAGAGGUCAAACAUGUUUGUAUGGAGCUGUAUUUUAAAAGUCUUUAGUAUGUUUGGUGGUCCUGCAGACAUAAAGCAAAGACUAGAUAAUAAUCAAGUAAAACCCACUGAGGCACAACAAAGAGAACUAUUUAAUGAGAACCUUUCCUUUAAUUGAAGAUUAACAGCCUCUGACAUUCCUACUUUUACGUUUCUACCUUUCAAAACAUUGUGUUGUGUUUCUUUUAGUUUAAUUUGCAGAGAAUUAUUAGUCAUGCAGCUCUAAUCUCUGAAAUCUCUUUGUGGUUUGAAAAGUUUAGUAUUUAGAAACAAAAUAAAAUAAAAAUCCAGUUCAGAAAAAUCUCCACUCCAGUGUUGUGGAUGGACGACUGCAGGAAAGUUCUGCAGAAAGGAUUUUCUCUUCCCAGUAUUUUAAUGAACUUCAGUUGUUCCUGGAGGACUUGAAAAUAUAUAUAGCUAUAUAUUAUAUAUUAUAUAUCAUAAAUUAUAACUUUUUUUGUGGUGGUUGCAGCUUUAGCACCUUGCAGUUUGAGUUUGAAUUUUAAUCAUUCCUUUUCUUACUGAUUGAGCUUUCACAGAAAUAAGGAUUCAAUGCACUGUUUCUCAUUUCUUGUCAUGUUUGAAGUGUGUCGGGUGAAAACAAAAGCUGUUUUUACAAAAAGGGUUCAGUAAGUGCCUUUGAGAUGAUUUUGCGUAACUUUGACUAGAUUGUAUCUUGCUGCUUCAUUUUGAUUGUGUAUCAAAAAUAUUCAUCAGAUUAUUUAUCAUAACGUAGCACUAUUUUGUUGCCUCUUGAUUUCAAGUAUUGCUGUUUAAACUCUCCACCACAUGAGGAUCUCAUUUACAGUUUGUGUUCUUAUUAUUGGCCUGCUGGAUUUAAAUAUAGCCAAUUUAUGUCAGUUUUAAUUUUGUGUUUUCAGCUGAAAUAGUGACGCCUUUUCUUAAGUAGAAAUGUCUUGUACUGUAACAGAUUGCCAACAGAUUUAUAGCUCCACAAAUGCAAAUAUUAAAAGCAUCUUUUCAUUCUU